AUGUUGGCUUAUAAAGUAUGUUUGAACCCGAAUAUUCUCCACGAAAAUAUAUAAAAUAUGAAUUUUUGCAGGUAAAAUCGUCGAACAACUCAAAUUAUAGUGUCAACACAACAUAUGGAUUAAUUCAAAUUGGAUAUACAGUUGAUUUGAUUAUCACAAGAAAAGAUGGAAAACCACAAGCGGAUAAAUUGGUCAUCCAAUAUGCUUCAGUUGAGCAAACUUGUCGCGAUCCGAAACAACCAUUUGAAACUGGAAAACCGGUUGGAGAAAUUGCGGGCGAAACUAUUAUCAAAUUGUCGGCAGCUGAAUAA